AUGAGAGCCUUGCUUACGUUGAGUGUGUUGCUGCCGGCAGUAUGUGUUAGCGCGACGCGGUACUGCAACUCUCUUCAGGCUUCCCCGUGCUUUCUGCAACCGUCUUCCGCCCUUAAGCAGGGUGUAUAUUGCAGCGGGUGGCACCGCCCUAGGAAGGUUCAGACCAGGGCGUGCGGUGGUGCCUCGCCGCCAGUCGCCUUGUCGCAGGUAACAGCUCCGAAGCCUACGGCGUGGGAGCGCGCGCUGCUGCAGACGUGGAAGGAUCACGGUGCUGGCAUUGUGCUCGGCGCUGUGUACGGAAUUCGCAUCUUCAGGUUCCUGCUCCACGUCCGCAACCUGCUGGAGUGGCUGCCGCAGGUGAACCCCUACCUCUUCCCGUUUGACGCCGUGUACCAAGCGACCGACGCUUAUCUCAAGCUCUUCCAGGCGGCGAUUCCUGCCCUCUACGGGAUGGACAUCAGCGGCAUAGUGGCCUUCUUCGUCCUGGACCACAUAGAGUCGCUGCUCGCCCACAAGCCGGAGGUGGCGCAGCACGCGCUGCAAUAA